AUGACUGUAAUUGGAUUGAAUCGCGGCUUGGAAGAAAAGUUUGAUUUGUUUUGCUCUGCUGCAACUUUCGAGAGCAUAUUGGCAUAUUUCUAUGAACUAUGUGACGGUUUAGUCUCAAAACCUACGAAGCAAUCGUGGAAUAUUUUCCAUGAGUUGAGUGUAAACCUCAAGUCUUACUGGAAGGCUGCUGCGUUGUUUUCAAAGCUAGAAAAGCGUGUCAAAAUGGAACAGUAUCAUCACCAGACAGUUUGUCGAGAUAUGAAUGUUCUUGUUAUCGGUUGUGGACCUUGUGGUAUGAGAUGUGCAAUUGAAUUAGCUCUCCUUGGAGCUAGAGUUAUUAUUAUUGAAAAAAGGCAUACAUUUUCAAGAAAUAAUGUACUUCAUUUAUGGCCUUAUCUAAUCGAAGAUUUGAAAGCGUUGGGUGCAAAAACAUUUUUUGGGAAAUUCUGUGCUGGUUCAAUUGAUCAUAUCAGUAUCCGAACGCUUCAAUGUAUUCUAUUGAAAGUUGCUUUGCUAUUUGGUGUACAAGUAUUUCCUGGCACUACUUACACAUCUUUAAUUGAACCAAGUUUCAGUAAAGACUCGAUUUCUCCACAGGAUUCAAAGUUCAAUUUAUCUGGUUCUCAGUGCAUUUCUAUUCGAAAUACCUCAUUAAGUUGUGCUGAUGAUAGGAAUAAUAAUCACAAUACUGAUACUACUUCCAUCACUACUACUACUAUUGCGGAUGAUAAUAAUAAUAAUAAUGCUAUCUGUUCUGUGAAUAUUUCCAAUGGUAGUCAUCAUUUCGAGGACAACUUUAUGCAAGAACAUGCAAAUGGAAAUAAGGAAAACAAAGAAUAUUGGCAUGAAAAAGUUAAACGCUACGGUUGGCGGGUUAAAUUGAAACCAGAAGUACAAGUGUUAAAAAAUUUCCAUUUCGAUGUUUUAAUUGGUGCAGACGGUAAACGCAGUUGUCUUGGUUUCCCGUGUAAAGAAUUACGAUGUCGAUUAGCCAUUGCGAUAACAGCCAAUUUCACUAACUAUCAUACUCCAGCUGAAGCUCAAGUUGAAGAGAUAAGCGGUGUAGCUCGUAUAUUCAAUCAAUCAUUUUUCAGUCGUCUUGCCUCUGAAACUGGAAUAGACUUAGAGAAUAUUGUCUAUUACAAGGAUGAGACACAUUAUUUUGUUAUGACAGCUAAAAAGCAUAGUCUACUGGCUAAAGGCGUAUUAAAACAAGAUCGAGAUGAUUCAGUCAGCUUAUUAUGUAAAGAUAAUGUGGAUAAAUUGGCUUUGCAGGCGUAUGCAAGAGAAACAGCUUCUUAUGUUACAAAUGGUGCACUGACACGCUUAGAUUUCGCUUUAAAUUCACGCGGUGAACCAGAUGUGGAUGCAUUCGAUUUCACGAAAAUGUUCGCCGCUGAACAUUCAUGUAAUAUACUUGAAAAGAAUCAUUGUCUUUUACUACAAUGUCUUAUCGGUGAUGGAUUAUAUGAACCAUUUUGGCCUACUGGUAGUGGUUGUGCAUUAGGCUUUAUGUCUGCGCUUGACGCUGCUUGGUCAGUCUCUCUUCUUGCAUCUGGUUUACAUCCAUUACAAGUCAUUGCACAACGUGAAUCAGUUUACCAACAUUUAAGUCAUACAACGGCACAGAAUAUGCCACCAAACUUUCAAGACUACACGUUGGAUCCAAUGACAAGAUAUCAGCGUUGUGAUUUAAAUCUUAUAAGUCCAAAGCAAGUACAUCAUUUAUAUAUAACUGAUCGAGAUAUCAGUGAUGAUAUUCGACUACUUAAAAAUGGUAUUGAUUAUUCCGUAUUGAAUGAACGUCAUCCAACUGCAAUGUUUAAGUAUUGGAUGAGACCAGAACAUUAUGAACAGAGAAAUUUUUAUACUAAUCCUGUUGAUAGUUGUUUAAUCCGUUGGUUUCAAAUUCGAUUAAGUUCAUAUCUACGCUCUGGUCUAAUUGAUCCAAUCAGUGAUUUGAAUGCAUCUAAUUGGAAAUGUGGACGUAAUCUUCUUUGCCUUAUACACCGUUAUCAUCCUGAAUUGUUACCAAACCUGAUGGACACAUUGGAAAUUGAUGAUAGAGAUGGAAGUAGAACUAGACACUCCGAUGAUCAGACAAAUAGUUCACGCUUAACACUUGCCUGUAAUUUGAUGGCUGACCAUUUUUCAAUAUAUUUUGGUGCUAAAAUUGAUUCACAUCGUAUUGCUCCGAUUCAACACUGUCAUCCUGUUGGAUAUGACCAGAAGAAAUCGAUUAUUUGUCCCAAAACCAAUUCCGACUGGCUUAUAUAUUUGUAUAGUGUUUAUCGUGUAUUUAAUCAAUUAAAAUUGCCUGCAUCAAAUUCCACUACCUCAGGUCGUCCUUUGAUUAAGUCGUCUAGUGCUGUCGAUGGUUAUAGAAGUCGUCAACCGAAUCGUUCUUCAUCUGAUCGUGUCAAUUUACGUAAUAAAACAAGUGGAUCCGAUAGUAAGCAUAAACAUGAUCAAGCAACUGGAUCUCUUUUCACUAAUGCAUCACGUUCACAAUCACAAAGAGAGAAUUUGAAUGGCAUUGUUGAACGGGGAUUAAUAGGAAAGCGAAGAGAAGAAUUAGUCGCUAUGCUGAGUGGUCAUUCUUCUUCCACUAAACAUCGUCCAUCAUCAUUAGGAAUGAAAUUUGCAGUUCCAGAUAAGGAGCUUAGACUGUUAACUAAGAGGACUGAACAGUGUCAAUCUGUGCUACAAAAACAAUUCCAACAACAGCAGCAACAACAACGCCGUCCAAUACGAAUAGAACAUGCAACAAAGAACUCACCUUCUCCUGUUCGAAUACCCGAAAAUGUGGCUCGUUUAUUUGCUCCACGUAAGGGUAGUUCAUACUGUUAUAUCUGCCAAAAACGCUUGUACCAGUUGGAACGUGUAAAAUUGUCCGGUUAUUACAUUCAUAAGGAUUGUUUACGAUGUUCUACGUGUGAUAUUCCUUUGACCAAAGAUUCGGCUAAAUGUGUCAAUUCAAGGAAAACAAAUGAAAAAGCUUCAUUUUACUGUCCACUGCAUAUACCACUGGAAAAUGGGUUGAGUGAGUCGAAUUUAAAUGUUGUAGGAUCACGAAAUCACAAAUCCGAAGCUUCUUUAGAAGCAAGACUACAAGCUGGUUUAUUUCCGUUUGGACCUUCAUCAGUUAAAGAUUCAAAUUUCAAAGGAAGUAUUCCAGUAAAACUUAAUGGACUCAGUACAACAACGAAAAGUGUUAACACUGAUACUGUUACUGCUACUAAUCAAUCGCAUGUAUUGUGUAAAUCAGAUUUAGAGAUUAAUCGAGAUCUACGCACUUCAAGCUCUCUUCAAAAGAAUUUACAAUCUCAACAUAAAUCAGCCAUUCUAGCUGGUUUAGAUGAUGAGUCCGAUCAAGUAAUGGGUGUUGUUAGUAUAGCGAAACCUCAUAAAAUUCUACAUAAUAAAUCAUCAAUGAAUAAUCAUGAUCACAAUGUCAGUCGUUCUCGUAUAAAAAGGAAAAAGAUGACUAAAGCAUCUGAUGGUAAUAAUAUUGGUCCUUCUGGUGAUUAUUUCCCAGGCAAUAGGACAUCAUCAGACAAAUUUAUUGGCAUUCGAGAUGAACCUGCACCUGGACCAGACUGUUUUCUUACUGGGCAUUUAGGUCUACCGGAAGUGGUGCGUAGAGCUAAUAUUGAGUUGAAUACAUCUACUAUUUGGCCUGAGUCUACUGUCAGUCGUGUAGUUGACCAUAUGAGAAGUAAUCGUAUGAAUCUUCUUGCCACAGAUGAAUAUUUUGCAUCUAGCGAGUCAGAAUCCCCAUGUUCUUCCCCAUACGAAAAUAAGACCUACUCGCCCGAAUUACGCAUGCGUCAUUCCAAUCCCAAAAUUAUUCGUGAAGAUACAGAUGUUUGGGUUAUGAACUCAAAUGAAUCGUCCACAUCCUCAGCUGCAUUAUCACCAGCAAGUCAGAAAAAGUUGAAAUUAAUUGUGCAUUCAGAUCCACAAAAGCCAAUAGAAGCAAGUAUGAGCGAUCCCUCUCUAUGUACUACAAAUAUAAAUAAUACUCCGGCUACAAUACCUCCACCGUUUUCCUCUCCAGCCCAUCAGUCGCGUCUUGCUGCAAAGCAGCGUUUCUGUUUGGAACCUCCGAAACCUUUAACUAUUGAUCCAUUGCGCUUCAUCGGUUCAAGAAACCAGGAACGUACAGUUAUAUGCGUGAUGGAUGACUGUUCUGAAUGUGUAGAACCCAUUAAUAGUCCUACCAUUUCCAUCGCAAAUAUAUGGCCAAUAAGCAAUGAAGAAAUUAAGUUUGUAGAUUUACCGUCCAAGGUCUUACACAAUGAAAUCCCACUAACGCAAUCUCCUCACUUACACAACAGAACUACUCCAGAUUACGAAAAUACGACUUACGAAAGUGACUCAUGUGAAUGGCUGAGCGGUGAAGCUUGUAAAUACAAAUAUAUCAGAGGAGUACCACUAGCUACUCCUGAAGAUAUAAGGGAAAUGGAGCCUUUAACUAUUUUGAUUGAACGAGAUUCGCCUAAAGUUCGUAAAUCGAAAUCCAUCAACCGCUCUUCAUCGUUGAAUUACAAAGUGCGAAGUGGUUGUCAAGUUCUGUCUAUAACCAGAAAGAAGUCAAGAAGUAGCGUCCACCUUAGUGGCUGGAAUUCCGAUGUAUCUAUUUUCAGUCCACCUCCAGUUCGAUAUAAAUCGACGAGCUCAGUUUUAGCCCAAUCUGAUGAAUAUCUAAACUGGACUAAGGUAAACCAAGUUACAGUUAAGGAAGAGUUUGAAUCCACACAUAUUUCAAAUUCACCUUCACUAUCAAGAGCACGUGAAAAACGACAGCAACGGUUGUAUAGUCAUUUAAACAGCACAAGUGAACGUGGACGUUCUACAGAGCCCAAAAUACUGUAUGAAAGUUUAAGUAUGUACGGCUCGUGUGAAAAUGAUAAUUCAGAAACAUCUAGUACAAGUAGUGCAGAUUUAGCUUCACAAGCUGUAAUUUUACCGAAACAAAACAGUAUUCAGCUAGUAAACGAGAAAUAUUAUGACAUAGAUAUUGUAAGUACUGGGAACAGUCGUCCCCAUGCCACUUCGAACAAAGCUCAGAAACCUACAAAUUCUAUUCGACAUCAUCCAAACAGAGAUUGCAGAUCCUUAGACAGAAUGGAUUCAAGUCCUCUAAAAAUUGUAUAUCAAACACAAGCUGGAAGUCCAUCAUGCCGUCCUGUUAAUUCUUCCCCACGUGAAAAUUCUGUUGUACAUAUGAAACGUUUCCCAAGCCGAACAAGAGUACGUCGACGUAUUUCGACAUCGAAGAAUGGUGCAGUCACCCCGGACUCUGAAGCGAGAAGAAAUUCAUUUUGGGCGGAGAUACCAACAACCGUGAGAGAAUUUCAAUUUGAUUUGACUUCAGCAGGUUGUCAACAUUUUGGAUUUCGCAAUAACGCCUUCAAAAUGUGUCUCAACGCCUUUUGA